UAACACAGAAAAGUGAAGAGUUAAGAUUACUCCAUAAAAAUAAGGAAGAAGGGUUUGGUGUUUGUUUCAUUAAUCAAAUGAGAAUGAGUGCAAGUAGUGAUAUAGCAGAGGUUAUGUGGAAGGAAAUUGAGUCUACACACACAGUGAAUGAUGAUCAACUUUGGAUUUUACAUUUCUUAUUUGGAAAGAACUUUGAGGGAGCGAGUAGGAUAGUGGAUCAAAGAGGUGUCAAGAGGAUUUCUGGUCAGCCUAGUGGAAGGUUUAUCUUUCAGGUUACGGGGGAAUCCCGGAGAAAAGACCAGUAUAUGUGUUUUGCAGAGAAUUUUUGCUCCUGUUAUUCUUUCUUCUAUGAUGUUGUGAACAGAGGAGAACAACUUUGUUGUAAACAUCAAAUAGCUGCAAGACUUGCUGCAUCAUUGGGAUCUUAUAUUGAAGUUAAUGUGUCUGAUGAGGAGCUAGCUUUAUUGCUAUCCAAAAUUUAGCCCUUGCUUCUUCUCUCUCUUUUCUUUUCCGGUAAGAAAUAUUGCCCUUGCUCUGUAGAAUAAAAAUUUAAAUAUAGAAUUUUAUGAGGACAAGGAACAAGACAUUUAGAUUAAGUUAACUUUGAUGGUCACAGGGGACUUUUUCUUAGAUAAAAAACACUUUAUUCUUAAAAAGUAUGUUUAGAUGUGCUAAUGAGAAAAAAAGCUGAAGCACCAAAAGCCAUUUGUAAUAGAU